UGGAAACCCAGGAUCAGGAGAUAUAAAAAGUACCUUUUUAGCUGAAGUGAAUCGGAGUGAAUAGAAAUUGCAUACAGUCAGUGCCCUUACUAAUAUUAUUUGAGGACUCAAACAGCGAAGCAAGAGUCAGUUAUGAAUGGAUGAUGGAAUCGACCACGUUGCAUAGCAAUUGAGUAUUGAUAACAUCUGAAUCAUGUUGGAAACGAGGUGUAAGGUGUGGGUGAAACCAUGACAAAUUCCCACUUGGUCAAGAACUUUCUCAACAUCACAGAAUCACCGACCCUCACAUAGGAGAGCCGGAGAUUACUGAAAAUUGAGAAGCCGUUACAAUAUGCUCUUCAUUGUUGUAGAUUGAUUAAACCCUGGUGAAGCCAUGGGUUCUGGUAUAUCCAGUGACAGUGACUCAAGUGCAACCGAUGUUAAGAAGAAACGUGUCAAGACUAUUAAUAAGGUUAAGAGAGCUCGGAAAGAAAUGCAUCCAUGUAAAGAAUGUGCGGUGGUAGUAGAACGUUUGCCUGAAGAAGAACUGGGCAAGUUAUUGGCAAGAAAUGCGACGAAAUCGAACGAUGUGGCAAACUUUCACCGAAAUAAAUAUGGUCGCUUUGUUAUUUCAAGAAACCAGCAGCACACUGAAAUAUCUGAGGAACAAAAUAGUCUGAAAGGAGAGGAUUUGACGAGCUGUAUAACUGAUCCUAAUUCUAAGAUAAUUACAAGAAAAAAAUCAGAAAAUCAUGCAGCUAGUAAAGAACAUAUUGUAAAAGCAGAAAGGAAGAAGUCGCUCAACAAAAGUAAAUCUCGCAGAAAACCUAACGCGAGCCAUUGUCAUAAUAAAUCGCACAAAUUUCAACUGUCACUACACACCAUAAAAAGGGAUGGUGAAAAUUCCACUAAACAUCAAGAUGGUGAAAAAUAUGCAAAUAGCAAUAUUCCGCGAACUGAAAACAUGCCUAAAAUUGAAAAUAGUGAGGAUAAUUUAAAGGUUAAUGUAAAUAAAGAAUCUGCAUCAAAAGGAUUCAAGCUGUCUCUCAAGAGAACAGUAACUUCUACUGAAGGUUUUUGUAAUAAAAUCUCACGGAUUAAAGAUCUCAGUGAGAAGCAAGACAGUGAUUCUAAUGAUGAAGAUUUUGAAAGUAAAUUAAAGAUUACUCCCAAGAGAAAAUUACACAAUUCCAAAAAGAAUGAGGUAAAUGUUUCUGAACUGAGAAAGCGUGCAAAAGUUGAAUAUGCACCGUGCAGUAAUCGCCGAUCAAUUAAUAAACCCAAACUCCAAGUUUGCAACAGAGAUUUGAAUCAAGAGAACACACUUGACCACCUACAAGUUAACUCUGAUAGCAGUCAAAAUCAAAAAAAUGAUCAUAUUAUUCCAAAGAAAUCAUCCCACCUGAAAAUUUUGCAAGUUGCAGUUAAAAGACUGAAGAAGCAAACUACGACUGCACCUAACAAAGCUGACCCAGUGGAGCCUUCGAAUCAACACAUAGAAACACAUAAAACAGUUUGUAAUAAUCCGACUGAUAUUUCAACUGUCAAAGCAACAGAUCAAGGUCAAAAUAAGGCCAAAGAGACUAGGAAUAGACUGAUUACAGAUUAUUUUUUCAAAAUUGAUAAAAGCAAUGUUUUGCCAGCAAAAACUGUGAAAUCCUUGGAAGACAAAGUAAUUGAGGAUGCAGUAUUGAGAAAGAAAUGGAAAAUUCACAAAGAUGUGAUUAUACCGUUAAUAAAUUGUAAAGAAUUGAAAACAUCUAAGUCGGGAUAUGUUGCCUCAGAAAUUGAGAAACUGAAUCAAAAAUACUCCACUUUGUUUGUUUUUGGCAAUCUCUCAAGUACAACUGUAAAUACAUCUCACUCACCCUACAAACAAUCAUCCACCAAUUUCAGUGAUGAGUCUUUGAUAAGUGAUAAUGUAGUUAAGAUUCUUCAAAACUCAGUUCACACUGUUACGGUUCCAAUGGAAAGAAAUGCAUUGCCUAUCAACUACAAACCUCCACAUUUCGAAAAAUAUUCACCAGUAAAAAGUAUAGAAGUUUCGUUGAAUGACAAUUCAUCUACAAUAAAUUCUGAACCAGGAUCAAGAGAAGCAGAGAAACCAGCAAUUCGGAUGGAUCGUACAGAUGAUGUUUCUCCUCAUUCCAAAGGCGAAAAUAAACGAGAUAUGGAUAAGGAACCGCCCCGUCUAUCUCUGUUCACAAGUAAUCACGAAAUUAGAAAUCAUCUUAGUCAGACUUCAGAAAAAUCAUUCGAAGUAGCAUCUACUCUUAAAAUUCCAUCAUCCGUAUCUCCAAAGAAACAAAGAACCAGACAAUUAGUCCAACAUAAUCCAGAAUUAAAUAACACACAAGUUCCUGGGGUAGAAAUCAUUACUGGCGUACGAAAAGUGACUAAAACGCCAGAGAAAAUUUGCACUGUGUCAUUAACAAAAAACAUAGAUUUUUCGCUUCACACUGAUGAAAUGCGGAAAAAACUAAAUAGUACGCCGUUACUCAGGAAUAAUUCUAUGCAUGCUAUCAAUCAGCCAGAUACGUGUUCGGCUCAUAGGUCGGAAACAAAACAGCCCAAAAAAUCAUACAAAUCCGAACUGGCUAAAGAAAAAGUGACUAAAACAUCUUUUCCUCUAAAUGGCAUGACAAUUUUAAACCAUUCCGUCCUGGAUGAUCGAGAUAAUUGGAUGGACAUGGGCGAGAGCAGUGAUGACGGUGCAGCCAAAAUUAAUAUAGCUGUGGAUAAUGGUGAUACAGUGCAACAAAGCGAAAGUUUAGAAAUACGUCCAAAUCUCUGCAUCACAGUAGCCAGCGAAACAGUACCUUGUAAUAGCACAAAAAAUAUGCGAACUGAUUCUCUUGCUAUUAACGAUCUUGCAUGUACUAUUGAAAAUUGCAAAGAUACAAAUCCCAGCGGAGAUAUCAGACGCCCGGCUGAAUGUCCCCGCAACUGUCCAUCAUUGAUGAAAAUUCUAGAAUCAAAGAAAACUCAGUAUCAUUCGGCGCAUCAACCUGCUUGCAAAACUAUUGAAACUCGCUCAAGUGGAGAGGAAACAUCAUCUGGAAGUGGUAUAAUUGAGAAGAGAGAUCACAAUACACACCACAGCGAAACAGAUUCUGAUAAUCUUACUGAAGAAAUAUCACUUAAUGACAAUUGUGUUGAUGCAUUUCCGUCCCUCUACAUUGAUGAAAAUCUUCAACCUUCUGAUGUACAGGAUAUUCCUGUUAUGGAUACGGUAGAACAACUUGGGUCAUCUGUUGACACGGAUAUAAGUGAAUCUGAUCCACUAGCUAUGACACCUACAGAAUCAAACAUGUCAACUUCUAACGAUUGUAUCAGUAGUGUAGUGGCUGAAGUUGAUCAAGCUGAUGACAAUACUGAAUUACCUUUGAAAAAAGAAUGUAUUUUUUGCAAGAAGGCAUUCAGAUUCACAUACAACUUGGGAAAACAUUUAUCAACGUUGCAUGUAAGAGAUACAAAUAAGUCGUGUACCAUCUGUGAUAAACAAUUGACUGAAAAAAAUGUGAUCAAACAUUAUCUUGAACACUGUGGUUGCACAGAAAUAUGUGAGACUGGUGCCAGCGAAUGCAGUAUUUGUACCAAAAAAUUCAAGAAACCACGAGCUCUUAGCUAUCACAUGAGACAUAAGCACGGUAUUGCAAAACAACAGGGUAGUCCGAAUACAGUAUCGCAAACUUCUAAAUCAAACACAUGUACUAUGUGCCGAUCAACAUAUAACUCCGAAGAAGAUUUGUUCUUGCACAUGUUGACUCAUACUGAAAAAGACUUGCAGGAUACCUACGAAGUUGAAAAGGUUAAAAAACAGCUUGAAUCAAUUACGGAUACUAGAGAAGUGAUAAUUUCUGAAAAUCAAGCCAGUGGCAAUUCUGAGAGCAAAAAUGCUAAACCUGAGGAACAAGUACCACCCAAACUCACAGGGACUAGUGAUACUCCAACUGCAUUGUCUUCUGCUGUUUCAACUUGUGAAUUAUCAAUUUGCCUUUGCCAUAAAGCUGAACGACUCGAAAUGUCAUGUGGUGUAAUAAUUGAACUUGCGAUAGUGUGCAAACAGUGUAAAACAUUUUUUAAAACAAGAAAAUGCUUUAAAGAUCAUUACAACAUUUCACCGUGUACAUGGAAUAGUUUGAGUGGAGUGACACCUGCAAUGUUUUGCAAUAAAUAUCGCGUUAUUUUAAGUUCCCUGCAAGAUAUGCACUCGCACUUGAAGAAGCACAGUGACCUCAAUUUAGAAAUGCACAUGUCGUUACUCUGUAAACAUUGCAAUGUAUUCUUUUUUUCAAUCGGACCUCUAUUUUACGAACAUUGGUUCAAUCACUGCAAGGAUCCUCUAUAUAUUGCUGAUCAUUGGGUAUUUCCUAAUAAUACUAAAAUAAAGAUCGUCGAGCCGAAUAGUAGAACAGAUGGCAAUAAUGACGAACCCACUGAAAGUCUUUUCGUUGCUGAUUAUCAGUGUCAUUAUUGUAAAAAACCGUUUCGAACUCAAGUUGAGUUGAACAAGCACCUUAUUUUUAACCACACAUGUCAUCAAAAAGUUGAUUCUCCACCUCGAGUUAGUAAAAUUAUCAACUUGUGCUUUAAACUAAUUUGCAGUAUAUGUAAUAAAGAUUUCGCUGACAAAUCAAGAUUUGAUACUCAUGUUGAAGAGCACAGAACCAUCAAAGAUUUACUACAAAUUCCUAAAGACCUGUGUAAAUCAUCAGAAGGUAAUCCGCUUUCUUGCAACAUAUGUAAAAUCGAAUAUGACACAACAAAGGAUUAUGAAAAUCACUUGAUCAAACAUGAUAUAAUUCAGGAAAAAUUUGUUUGCAAUUAUUGCGCACUCAUGGUGGAUAGUAUUAAAGACUUCGAACAUCAUUCCACGGAACAUAAAGGUACACCAGAAAAACCAGUUUCAUGUAAAGUCAUAUUUGCUACAGCCAAGUUUCAUUGUAAGACUUGUAAAUUAUGGUUUGAUAAUCAAGCUAUAUUGGAUAAGCAUUUUGCAACACAUAGUAAUUCGGUUAAAUCAACUUCAGAACUUGUAGAAAAAUCACCUGUAAAAUCUGCGAGGGCUGUUGAGAAAACAAGCGUUGCCAAUGAGACUAGUCAACAAGAAUCGAAUAGUCAAAUUGAUGACGCAAGCGCUGUCAUUGAGGGAAAUCAGCAAGAAUUCGCCAACGAUGUUGAGGAAACAAGCACUACCACUGAAACGAAUCGACAAGAAUCAACUAAUCAAAUUGAUGACACAAGCGCGAUUAUUGAGAAGAAUCAGCAAGAAACCAUUAGUGGAGUUCAAGAAACAAGCAAUACCGUUGAAACAAAUCAGGAAGAAUCAACUAACCAAAUUGCCGAUGCAAGUGCUAUCGUUGAGAAGAAUCAGCAAGAAUCAACGAUCGAAAUCGAAGCAGGAAGUGCUAUUAUUGAAAAUAAUCAGAAAAAAUCGAUUAAUCGAGUUGAGAAAACCAUCGCUAUCAUUGAAAGAAAUCCACAAGGAUCAAACUACCAAAUUGAACCUGAUGCUUCCAUUCCCACGCACAAAGAUAUCACUUCGGAUAGCUCUAAAGUAAUUCCCAGUGUGAUAGACGUAUCUGAUGACUCGAAUUGUACGAAUGCUGAAAUACUGCCCAGCGAGAAGAAUGCACUAGAAGAUUCAACCACAAAAAACUCUAUGCUUAAGGAACAGCUUCCAAAAUCGAGCGACGAAGAACCUAAGAAGUUAUCAUUCUUACGUGUUAAAGAUUUAAAAGAACUUCUUCCAUACACUUGUAGCAAAUGCAAAGCUGAGUUUAAUACGGAGGAGAAUCUUAACAGUCAUGAUUGUAAAGAGUCGUUAAAAACACGGAUUAGAGUUAGUUACAUUUGUAAAACGUGUACAAAGAUUGAAUGCAAUACUGUUGACGAUUGGUACCAGCAUAUGAUGACACACAUCUCAAUGCAAUCUACCCCAAAUUCUUCUGGCACUUGGGUGUGUGUACUUGACGGACCGCAUGGGAAAAAGACCUUUAUAUGUACCAUUUGCCACAAUUACAGAACUCAUUUCCUCAAUGAAAUAGAGGUUCAUUUAAUACGUAGUCACGCAGACGUCGCUGCUCCUCUUUUUAACUGCAAAUUUUGUCCAUCAUUUAAAACUGACAUAAAACCAGAAAUGGAACGUCAUUUAGCCGCUCAUUUUCGAAGUCUAGAAACAACACCUACCUUAGCUACCUCAAAUAGCACAAUAUAUCCGUUUCAUCAACUUGACAAUUACAUCAACUCUCACUCAAAUUCAUUUUUACCUGUACGUGGAUCAGAUACUAACUCAUCCGAACAUCUAUCAGUGAAAAAUUCAAACAACUCCGAACAACCAAGUUUGGCAAUUCCUUUUAAUAAGGAGAGCAAUAAUACUCCACAACCUCUUUCAGUUUUGCACUCUAAUAACUUUCAACAACCAACUCCAAUUAUAUCUGGUGGAAGCUUGGGCAAUGAUUUAACACCGGUUUUAACAGCUGACAAUUCCAACAAUCUUCAACAACCCGUUCCGAUUUCAUCUGACAGUAGUUCACGUAAUAAUUUAGCUCCAACAAAACCAGUCAACAGUACCAAUAAUUUCCAAAUACCAGUUUCAAUUUCAUCUUUACCCACUACAUCAGGCGACAAUGUAGUACCACAAUUUACUCUGAUUGGCAGCUUCAAUAAUAUCCAACAACCAGUGCCAACGAUUCCAAUAAACUCCAACAAUAGCUCACUAACAUAUACACCGGUUCAAAAUUCUAACGCCUUUGAACUAGGAGUUCCGUUUGUACCAGUUACUAUUUCGGAAAAUAAUUUGUCAUCGGAUCAGCGAAUUAAUACUUCAGAAUGGUUAUCGACAAUAGUUCAAUCGUGUCAAAAUCAAUCCAAUAAUACUCCACAGUUUAAUGGUAUUGCCAACGUGGUAUACAGGUUACCUACACCUGCUGCAAACCCUUUAUACUCUUGCAGUAUAUGUCAAAAUUAUCAUUGCUCGACAGAGCAAGAACUAAAGCUUCACGAGUCUCUACAUCAGCGAACUGAGUAUAACGCUCCUUCGAAAAAAGCAUACCGAUGCAGGUUGUGCAAAGAAUAUCUUUAUGGUUCUGACGAUGAUUUGAGAGCACAUGUACAGACGUGUCCCAAAAGUGGAAAGUCCCAAUUACCUCAAAAUCACAUUCAACCAGUCGAAGCCCUUGCAUCAUUUAAAUGCAAACAUUGUACCCAGGUCUUUUCAUCUUAUAAUAUAUACCUGCGCCACAUAAAUACAUUUCAUACUUUUCUUGUUCUCAAUCAGCAACAAGGAAAUGAAACCCAAUUGCGAACUAGAUAUCCUUAUUCUUGUCCCAUAUGUACGACAGGUUUUCUACAAGAGACUCACUUGCAGGCUCAUAUUAGGCAAUUGCAUCCAAAUGACCAAGUGGUACAUCCAAAAGUAUUUCAUAGUCAAGCUUUGUUCAAAUGUGGUAUUUGUGAGUUACUUCUUGUAUCUGAAGCGGCGUUAAAUGCUCACAUGAGGUCGCACAAUAUCAUAAAUUCUUAGUAGUUCACUUAAUUCUUUUUAAAAUGUAUUAAUAUAAUUUUAGAUUUUUUUUAACUUUCAAAUUCAUUUUUAUCAUGCAAAUUCAGAAAUUAUUUUUCCCGAUAC